GCACAAAGAAUAUAGAACAUCCGAGGAGAUUGCGGAAUUGCGACUAGAACUUAAUGUGCCACUGCUGUACUAAGCAAUAGCUGUGAUCCGAAAGCCUCGGGCGGAAAUCAUCUGAUUGUGACAGUUAGCUUGGAGGCGCGGCGCGGAUUCAGCGUAAAAUCGCCCACCAAAACAGCAGUGCACAAUGACCCAAGAGUCGCAUCUGCCCAGGGAUCCUGUGGCGGAGCUCUUCUCCAAGAGGUUCACCUUCAGCCGCCAGCCUGAGUGGAAUGUGCCCGAGCAUCCAGUCAUUUUCGUGCAAGACACCUUCAGGGAUGAGCGGCUGCAGGAGCUGAAGGAGCGCCUGAACGGAGUGAAGAGUAAGCUGAAUGAUCUGGAAUUGGGCGUCUGGAGCACCCACACAUACCACCAGAGUCCCUCAUCGGAGAUCAUCCAACGUAUCCGGGAGACUUUUGGCGCGGAAUUUGUCACGCAAGCCUGGACGAAGUUCUACGAGUGUCUGGCCACUUUUCCUCUGGUUCCAGUCAGAGGAUUGACAGCGCUAAACACUGUACAUCUGUGUGAGGCUCCAGGUGCCUUUGUGGUGGCCCUGAAUCACUUCCUGCGCACACAGACGGAGAUUCAGGAGUGGUUGUGGUGUGCCUCCACACUGAAUGUCUACUACGAAGGCAACUCCUUUGGCACCAUGAUCGCGGACGAUCGCUUCAUCCACACGACUCUGGAGAACUGGGAGUUUGGCAGUGAUCAGACGGGAGACAUCACGUGUGCCGAGAAUGUGGAGAAACUAGUGGCGAGAUGUCGCGCGAUGGGAUUGAUCAAUCUAGUCACGGCGGAUGGCUCUGUGAACUGUACCAAUACUCCGGAUUGCCAAGAAGAUGUUGUCUCGCAUCUGCACUAUGCCGAGACUGUGGCAGCGCUGCGCAUCCUCUCGCCCGGCGGCUGCUUUGUCCUCAAAAUGUUCACCUUCUUCGAGGCGUCCAGCAUUUGUCUGAUCUACUUUCUCGUCUGCAUCUUCAGAUGCGUGACUGUGUUCAAGCCCGUGACAUCCAAAGGUGGAAACUCCGAAGUCUACGUGAUCUGUGAGGGCCUCGAGAUGUGUCCAAGUGAAAAGUUCCUCGAAACGGUCUUAAGAAACAUAUCCAACAAGCAGUCCUGCUUCAUCUCGGAGGCAAAGAUUCAUCCGGACUUCUUUCAGCAACUGUACAAGUGCGCCGAGAUGUUUGCCGGCAUGCAGAUUGAUGUGAUUGAGCGGAAUAUUGAGUCUUUUGAUACUCAAGACAUCAGCAAAGUGUCUCCGGAGAUGGAACACUUCAAGCAGGCAGUCUUCCUCGAGUUCUGCCGGCGCUUUCAGCUGCGCAGCUUGCCUGAGAACUACCGCAUCACCAUUCCCAAUGCCGUGCCGAACUUCUGGCGUGAUUCGCCGCGCAUCAACGAGGGCACGUACACUGAGCGGGUGAUGAAGAAGAGCAAGAGUGACCAGGAAAUCAAGGAGAUGCACUGGAAGCGUUACAUGCGCUAUGAACCCAUCAUCACGUGUCCGAAUCACGGCCUUCUGCACGUCAAUGGCGCCCCAAAUCUAUGCCCAAUCUAUGGGAAGCGUUUUCAGCGAAUCUCCUGGAGUCUCUUCGUUGCCGGCGGACUACUUCACUAUUUCCUGGAGCUGUUGCGAGACACUCCAGCCUCAGAUGAAAUCUCCACGAAUUGCUGGAUGAAGAGGCGCGGAAAUGUCACUCUAAUCGAAAUGCAGUCAUUCUACAGAGUCAGCGAUCAUGCCAAGUACAUUCGUGAUACUGUCAGUGCCCUGAAGACAGCCCUGAAUUGCGAUGGAGUGGAGAAGAUCGUUCUAUUAAACUUCUGUCCUCUGGCUCAAGUGUCGGCUGGAGUUUUGUUCCUGUUCGCGCGCGAAAAGCACUCACGCGUUCAGAUGAAGUGCCGACGCGCAGAGAUUAGCAUUGAUGUGUACGAUAAGCAGCUUCGGGAUGAGUACUGUGGAAUCCUCGAGAGAGUGGAGAAUCUCCUGAUGAAGGAAAGUGUGGACAGCAUUUUACUGUCGCUGGUGGACAUUCGUGAUAUUUAUGCCAAUUAUGCGUUUAUGAAACUCAUCAGAUGCUUCAACAAUCAUUUCGUGAUGAAAAUGUUCCGUGAUCUACUGAGCUUAAUGUAAUUUUUUAUCCACCCAUCGACAGAUUUGUAAAUUGUGAGGAGAAUACACAAAAAUCGUAUGAUAAAUGCGCUGUGGUCUCACGUGUGUGCUGUCUUCCCGCCAA